GGACAGCUGCAGAUUGGCUGUGACGGUCCAUUGUUGGGACUGUUUACAUUUAUUUUACGCGUGCAAGUGCUGCUCAUCACUUGAACGACACCAUUGGAGAGAGACAGACAACAGAUGGAUGCACGGUUUUUUAUGCAAACGACGGUAUUGCAUGUAGGAUCUGGCGUUAGCGACAUCAAGAGACAACUAUAAAAUACGCAUCAUUCGUAACAGGUGAAAGGUUCAGCAGACUGCUGCAGCAGACGCUGGAUCACGUGACUUCCGUUCUGAACAAACUGCCGUAUGAUUCAUGGCCGCCGAUAAUUAUUCGUGGAUGAAUGCGAAUUGAAAUGAUUAUUACGACCAGUGAUAAAACAUAUUGAUUUCUUGAUGUGGACAUAAAGUGACAGAAAUCGAGCCUGUUUCAUUUGCUGUCUGGUGUAAAACGAUAUUUAUUGACAACAGGGGGCAGACUAAGGAAUAAGUUACAUCUCGGCAGAACGAGAACCACGCAAAAACUACCCGUAUGUUCUCACAAUGUUCCUAUCGGCCGCAAGCUUCGACAAAGAAAAUGCUCCAUGUUUGAAUAAGGAAUACGACCAGGGAAUCCAAAAAGAUGAUUUUAUGUGUGUGACGACACGAAAGUUGCGCUCAAUUAUUAAAAACAAUACGCUCAGAGCUGAAGAUAGAACUGACAAAAUGGCGCCUGGUACCGUUCACCUGGCCUCACAAAGUGAUAACAGAUCUCAGGGUAAAGUUGUGUUGGGUCUUUUACCGGACGACCCAAAGUUGAAAUUCAAACAUAUGCCGCGGGCUCCCUCUAUUGAGAAAAAUAAGCCGACCAUGGACAGAAACCUGUUAAGACGACAAAGGAGAGUUUCGUUCGAAUCGUCACCGCCUCAGACAUUAACAGGAAGUGACGUACAUGUAGCUGGAAAUAAAAACGAGUCCGAGAUAAAGGACGAGAAUGUAAAUGAAAAACCUGAGGGUAAUUCUUUGGACUCGAACGAGAUUGUCGAGAACUCAGACAGGACGACUCAAAUGCAGCCAGAUGCGCUUCCAACGGAUACGUAUGAUUCAGCACCGGAGCAAGGGCAAAUUACGCGGGAAGGUACGUUCACUCUGUCAGACUCCGGUGAGAAAUCUUGGAACGAGGAUAUUGUUUGUUCAAACGAGGCGGAUGUGCCGCGUGCAAAGUCGGCUAGUUCGCACUGUAGCACGUGCACUUGCAGACCGCAGUCCCCUGCUAGCCCGAAACUAAAAAACAGGACAGUAGUCCCACAACAUUCCACAGAAAAACACAAAAAUUGUGAGGUCACCGAGAUUUGUGCUGACGUAGACAAAAUCAGUGACACUUCAAGGAGUCCCAGCAGCUUGCGCCCAGUGUCUCGAUCGGCCAAGACAAGGAUUCCGAAACUUACCGAGGAAAGACGAAAGAUUAAUUCGGCAAAAUCGCGCGGAGUCUCGCACGAGGCAAAUUUAAAUUUACAUGAAAUUAGCCCAGGUCGGUCAGUUGUGAAUACGGGCGACAAAAAAUCUGUGCUGAAACGAAUCAACCAACUUAGUGCUUGGGAAGAUGUAGAAGAAGGACUUGUUCCGCGAAAUCCGGACAACCGGCUCAAACCAAUCCACAAAAUCUCUGCUGUUCGCAGCAGACCGGAGAGCUACGCGAUAUCUCUGAAUGGCAGGCGAGAUUUGAGUUUAGAGGCUGAGCCCUGUCCGAGCUGCAGCGAAGUGCACGGGAAGACAUCUCUUCAAGUUGACGGCGAAGCAGAACGAUUACCGAAUCCAGCAGAACUUCUCCUAAAAAUCAGGCGCAAGCAUUUGAGAAAGCGAAACUUGACGGACUCCGUUGCGACGUUCGUAAAAGAGUGUAAACCGGAGGGAGGAUCGAUGACGUCACGAAGUGAAAUAUCCGGGGACAAAACAUCAUCGGACACGUUAGGGAAUCUCACACACAGACGAGCUGUGACUGACACUACUCACUUAGAACAGUUAAAAGAAAACGUGACUCUGUCACUGAAACGUUGUACUCUGACGUCAGCUAAUGCUCGGAUGUUAGGCGAGGAUGCGCCAUCUGCAUUUGCAUUCCCGCAGAACAUACCGCAUUCCGCAGCGGUUAGUUCAAAAAGUGACCGAUUGGCGGCCAUCACGCACGGCGAAGAUGAUGACAUGUCUAUGAAUAAAACGUACACGUUGACAAACUACGAUCAGUUUCUCCAAAUGGCGAAAAUCCACAAACAGGAUACGAAAUCAUUUCCAAAUUCCACUCCUGCAAAGCAAUUUACGAAACCGCUUUUAAACAAGCGCCAAGUGUUGGCGCUGGACUUCACAAAGCUAGAGAAUGAGACGCCACCGGAACAGCCAAAAGCAGACGAUUCUAAAAUGGCUGACGUAUCCGGGGCCAAUACUCAAAAUGGCGCCUGCGAAAUCGGAACUUUAGACACAUCUAUGGCGGACAUCAUCAAUGAUAUUCCAAAGUGCAAUCGGCUUCCUCCAAUCAGUCCGGUCAGCAAGACAGGGCAGGUGAAAGUCAGGGUCAAGGUCACGCCAAGGUCAAAGUCAAAGAAGAGAAAUCCUAAGCUGAAGGAAUAUGACAUAAAGAGUAUCAAGCGCAUUGAGGACUUACCGCCGCUCGUCAGGGAAGAAUUGAAAAACAAGGCCCGUCUGCGUUUGAAACAGUUGACUUCGCCGAUUCAGUCUAAAGAUAUCGAAAGGAACCAUUAAAGGCACGUUGAAAUGACUGCGACGUUCAGUAGAUGGCGUCUCGGAGUCUCGAUAGUACGAUGAUUCAAUUUAUGCAGUUACCAGAGUCAAGGCGAUAGAUGAAAUAGAAAGAGAACUACGUCCCCGAUAAGCUUGUUUUCUCGUCUAGUGAAGUAAGCAAGCCUAUCGGCGACGUAGUUCACCUGGUGACAGAAACUACGUCGCCGACAGGCUAUAAGUAAUGAAAGCAAGCCUCUCGGCGACUAAGUUCACCUGGUGACGGAAAAUGGAAAUACUGAAACACUUCGCAGUCAGGCUUGUUUUCUUUCAGCCGACUUUAUUGCAGCUUUUAUCGAUGUGGCUAACUGUCGGUGUUAACUCUAUCAGUCCAAUCAUGUUGUCAGUUAGUAACCAGAAAUCGGUUGUGCCAUAUUUUUGUUGUGUAGCGGUCUUUUUAGAGUGUCGAUUGCACUGACGUGCGAACUUGCCUUCCAUUUUCAAAUUGCUCAAGAUUUAGGCCUUGCUGUACAUCAAAGGCAAUUAGUUCCAGUUUUGAACUUAUAGUGAUCACAAGCAACAAAAUUGGAACACAUUAAAUUGGCUGAAUAUAUCAUUUUGGUCUUUUCGACAUGAUUGUCUAGUCUCUUAAAUGUCUUUGUGCAAUAAAGGGAACUGCUUUGUCUGAAUACAAAUAUAUACCAAUUAGGCCAAAUAUAUCAUAUUCUUGAUUGGAGUCAAGUCUCAAGACUCAAGCGUUGGGGCAAGUUUUAUGUGGCGGACGUGCUUUGAUGUCAAUUUUCACGAGCGCGAAAUAUUCCUUAGCAAGUUGAAGGCAUGGUUCGUCGUUUUAUAUUUAGCCAUGACACAUUUUGUAAGUUUCUUUGCGGCUGGUUGACCGAAGGCAGAGGCCAGACAUGUUGUAACAUGAAGAAAUAGAAUUUUUUCGUACCGCUUUUUCUAACAAUGUUUUUUCGAAGCGAUUUUUUGGGCAUUCCGUACAAUUUGUGAUGUGUUUUUGACAUUUUUAUUA